CCUCCGGAGGCGCUCUGCUUCCUGCCUGGCGGAGGGAGGGACGGUGCUGACGGCUGGGAGGACGAGUCAAGCGACAAGAAAGCCUUUGAAAAAAGCUAGAAAAGAAGGCAAAGGGGCCCGGGUUCCAUCUUCCGUCGGCGUUACAACUUUAGCUCGACCAGCUCAGCGACCCAGUUGAAUGCAAUGUCGUCCAGUCGUCAGCAUAGCGAGAGCAGGGCCAUUCCGACCAGGACGGUGCUGAUCAACGAUUCAACGCAGCUACCUCACGAUUAUUGCACCACUCCUGGAGGCACUUUAUUUUCAACUACCCCGGGCGGCACCCGGAUCAUCUAUGACCGUAAAUUCCUGUUAGACCGGCGUAAUUCUCCUAUAGCCCAGACUCCACCAGCACACCUGCCCGUCAUCCCUGGAGUGACGAGCCAGAACAUCCUGAAUGAGAAGAAGAAGAAUGAAGCUAAUAACAUCAACAACCACGAUGGUAAACCAGGAACAGGUGAAGAUGCUCAGUUUGAAAUGGACAUCUAAAGAAGAGGAACCAACGUGAAGAGCAAUUAAUAACCUGGCAUCCAUGUGCCAGUGGCUUGGCUUGUAGAAACCAAUGUUGUGAGCCCUUUCCUUUAGCUCUCUCUAGCUGUUGGUUGCUAAAUAAUCAUGGGGAUAGUCGAGUCCUGUUGGCCCAGUGGGCUGCUGGAGCCCUGAAAGUUAUCAAAAGAUUCUGAUUUGUUUGGUUAGGUUUCAGGGCUACCAACAGCCAUACAUGCUUUAGACACACAGCAAGGGAAAUGUCUGUAUGUAAGUGCUAAAAUGUAACAGUUGAUAUAAACAGAUUCCCUUGCAAAGCAGCCACCAAGAGAUUUCUUCAUGGUAAUUUAGUGCCGUUUUCACAGUAUGGUAAAUGAUCCAAAAUGGCCACUCGGUGUCUUUCAUUCAGACAUCUACUUAUCAGUGCACAUUCAGUUGCCUCCUUGUUGUUUCAUCAUUUUCAAUAGUGUCAACCCUUUCAGUAUAUUCUGUUUUUGUUUCCAUAAAAGCUCUAGUAGCAUUGACUAGCAUCAUGCACUUUUUGGUUCAGAUAUAGAGAGUACUUAUUUUCAUUCCAAGCCAUUGAAAUGGGCUUUGAUGCAUAGUUGGAUCCCCCCUUUUUUUCUUUUUUCUUUUUAAUAUAAAUGUGCUAUUAGAAACUGCAGAUUCAGCAUGGGAAACUAGUUUUAUAAAUUGCCUAUACCAUGGGCCUUAAGAAAAAAAAUGCAAUUGGAAUCCUGCCAAAUUUGUACCUGUUCUUUAUUCAACUUAAGCAAAUCUGUUGGAAAAAUUAUUGAUGAUAAGGUGUUCUUCAGCUUGUGAUAUUUUGUUCAGUUUUCAGAUUGAGCCUAUCAGCAAUAUAAUUUGCCCCUGCCUUUGAAUUAUUAGUAAAUCCUGAUUAUACUUGAAGUAUUUUCCAUCAACAUUGUGGUCACUGAGUCAAAGAAAAAUAACAUUUACUGUAGUACAAAUGACGCAAAAUUAUUUGUUGGUCAAAGGUAACGACAUCAUGCACAGCUUUGGGCCAGUGAAUGGAUUAAUAGGAUUUUAUAAAUAGCCCCUUUCCAGAGCUGGUCUCAAGAUGAACUUAUGUCAUGUACAAUAUAUCACUUGGCUAUUAUAGGUGAAAUAACAGGGAGGUAUAUGUAUAAUAAUUGCCAGUUGUGACGUCUACUUUUUGCUUUCCGUUUGCUACUAUUUACAAACCUGCAACAUCGGAUCAAAGGUAGGAAAGCACUGAAGUGUUGUCAGGAAGUUUUCUCUGCUAUUAUGCAUCAGUGAUAAUGCAGUUAAAAUGAUAACAGCAUUAGAGACGAUGAAUAGUAUGCCUGACAAUUGAUUUAUUAUUAUUAUUAUUUGUUUUGAUGGCUCCAAAGCUUGAAUGAAACAUUUCCAAUACUCCUCUAUGCACAUUCUUUAAAGCUCUUCUGUAUCUUAUCCUAAGCUCAGAUGUCAGCAUUAUAAAAAAGAAUUGUUGUAUUUCUGUGAACUUUCUUUUUUUUUUUUUGGUUCCUGAUUCCUCAUGGGAAAUAUUUAAGAUUUUCCACAGCAGAGCAAAGCGAUUGUCAUUAAGUGACUUAAAAGAGAAUACAAUUCAUUCUCUGCUUUACACCUUUUGUGCUUAAAUCGUUCAUUUGUAUUGUUACAUGAGUCUCUUGACCCAUGUCACAGCUGUGACUUAAACAAGUUUAGUUCUCCCUUUUUCCUCCCAAAUUCUACCACUUUUUCUUUUCUGAGAUUAGUUUUAAGAUGUUUAUCGGAAUACAUUUAUAUUUUUGGAGACAUGUUGGUUUAUUCUUUUUCUCUGCUUUAGAGGUAAAAGGUUUGGGCUUGCAGCGAUAUAUUGGUUGAAAUGGGAUAAGUGAUUGGUUAACUUGAAUUGUAGCCGAUUGAUUUACUGGCUCAUAAUUUUUGCUAAACACAGCAAACUCUGAUUAAUUCCCAACCAUUUUAUUUUUUAUAAAAUUUGAUUUUACAAUUGAACUUCCAUUUCAGAUUUAAAUACCAAUUGUCAAGAUGAAACGUAUGUUGAAGCAAAUGGUGGCGUAUUUGCUGAAUGUACUCUCGUAAUGUAUUGUGAGCUCUCAAAUCCAGUGUCGGUCAACCUCUUAACUGAAACGUUGUGUAUUUUUACACAUCGUAUCCAAUUGGAUUACAGAAAUUGUACAUUAGAGACAGAUGGACCCUUUAAGAGCAUUCCCAGAUUCAUUUACCAAAUGGCAUACAAAAAGUGGCUCAAAUAAUUUUUUUUUUGUUCUGUAAUUGAGACCCUGUAAAUUUGCAUCAAUUUAAAUUCCAAUGCCAGUGGACACUAUAACAGCAAACUCAAUAAAAUUUGCUUGGGAAAAA